GCGGAGGGCGAGCGGAGCGCCGGGGGGCCGUCGGGCGCGGCUGCGGCGGGGCCUCGCAGGGAGGCGCUGGAGGCGGCGCAGCAGUGGGCUCGCGAGGAGGUGGGCCAGAGCGAGCGCGCGGCGCCCGCGGGGGCCGCCACAGCGCCGUCGGCGUCGCAGGGUGCCGCGGCCGCGCGCGAGGCCCCCAUGGAGACAGCCCUGCCUGGCGCGUGCCCAGGAGCCAGCACCCGUCAGGCGGCUGCAGUCUCCGAGGAGGCGGACGAGGUCUCCUCCGACGACUCCGUGCAGUCAGAGGAGAGCGACUGGGCCGGCGGGGCAGUCGGAGGAGGCCAGCCGAACCUACCAGCCCGUGCAGCUCCGCAGGAGCGGCCCGCGGCCUCUGCCUCCGACAGGGCACUGGCGGAGGCCGCCAUGCGCAUGGUGGCGGGCCGGGACGCCCACGAGGGCGCCUGGCAGGACGCUGCGCGCUGGGAGGUGCGGGAACUGGGCGGGGAGGAUGCGCUGCGGCUCCUCGAGCUCUUCGGCUACGGCGCUGCGAGCCUGAGGCAUUGGUCGGCGGGCCCGGAGGACCCCGAGGGCCACCCGGGGCUGGAGCUCCUGCUCCACAGCCGCGUGCAGAGGGCAGGGCACGAGUGGUACGUCAUCCGCUGCGCCUUCGACGGCCGUGGCCCAGGGCGCCCCUCCCUCGACUGGAGGGCCCCGCGGCGCUUCUGCCACCUCCGCCGCGGGCUCUACGACCGGGUGCGCGCCGAGCUCGGCGCAUCCUACGGCGACGCCUUCGGCGGCUCGCCCUUCCCCGCGCGCGGGGAGGGCGGUGCCUCGGAGCGCCUGCGGGCGUGGCUCGGCGCCCUGGGCGCCCUGCUCAGCGGGCACGGCUCCGUGGGCGCGCCGCCCUCGCUGGUGGCGCUCGUGCUGGAGUUCUUCCAGGGCGGCCACGCGCUGGACGCCGCGCCCGCCCUCGGCGACUGCCGCGCGUGCUCCUCGUCGAAGGCGAGCUCCGCGUCCCUCGCGCCGGCCCGCCCGAGCAGCGCGGCGAGGCUGCGCAGGGGCUCCAAGGCGCUGGCGCGCUCGCUGUCCAGCCUCUUGGGCGGCUCGCAGAGCGGCGUGCUGCCCCCGGACGCGGGCGGCGGGCGCAGCCUGCUGCAGGUGGACACCGCCCGGGUCGGGGAGGAGUGGGUGCGCGAGGUCUCCGCCCACCUGGGCCAGGACAUGGACAUCACCAAGGUGGGCAGGAACGGUAAACCCUACCCGCGGAAGCUCCGCGUCGACUCGAAGGGCCUGAUGCUCCAGCUGCUCCAGGGCCGCAGCGUCGAGCUCGGCGUGCCGCUGGGCGGCUUGGUCGACGUCCUCCAGGGGCUCUGCAGCAAGGAGCUGGUCUCCUUCCACAAGCGCUACAGGAAGCAGUCGGCGGCCGAGGAGCUUGCGAAGCUCACGAUGGUGCUGCAGAUUCCGGAGCGCACGAUCUCCCUGGUCUUCUCCUCCGAGGCGCAGUGCAGCACCGUCGGCAUCUUUGUGGUGGUGCUCCUGCGGACCAGGAGCGGCGCCGGCCGCACGCAGCCGGGCGGCCGGAGCCAACCGGGAGCGCGCGGAGCCGCCGGAGAGCGGGGAGGCCAGGGUGGCAUGCUCGAACUCCUCCACGUACGAGGGGCAGUACCAGAACUACCUCCGGCACGGGCGCGGCGUCCUCACCCUUGCCGACGACACCUAUUACGAGGGCCAGUGGAUCGAGGACGCCCGCCAGGGCAACGGCAAGGAGCUGUGGCCCGACGGGACCCGCUUCAGCGGAUGCUACGUGCAGGGGAAGCGUCACGGGC